AUGAGGUUUCUCAGUGUUCUGGCUGGCUUUGUUGGCCUGGCAAGCGCCAUGCUCAAGGUUAAGCACCGCGGGUUGGACCAGCAGUCUGAUCCGCUCAAUCGGAGAGAAUCUGCUGCGUAUCCGGCGAAUACGAUCGAUAUGCCUAUCGAUCAUUUUCCCCAUAAUCCUCGAUAUGCUCCUCAUGUCACUGGGACAUUCAAGCAGAGGUACUUUUUUGACUCCUCGUACUACAAGCCUGGAGGACCCGUCUACCUCUACAUUAGCGGUGAAACCUCUGGCACGAAUCGGUUUUCGAAUCUCCAAACUGGAAUUAUUCAGAUUUUGAUGGAGGCUACCAAUGGUCUCGGGGUGAUUAUUGAAGACCGAUAUUAUGGCAAGAGCUACCCGUUCGCCAAUAGUACGACCGACAACUUGCGGUAUCUAACCACAGAGCAAACUAUUGCUGAUAAUGCUUAUUUUGCUCAGCAUGCAACAUUUCCUGGCGUUGAAGGUAAUCUGACUGCGCCUGGCACGCCGUGGAUUCUCUACGGUGGAAGCUUGGCUGGUGGUGAAACCGCAUUUUCACUCAAGGAGUAUGGAGAUAUUCUCUUUGGUGGUAUCGCAUCCAGUGCUCCGGUGAAAACAGUUUUACCAUAUCCAGAAUGGUAUGAUCCGAUUCAGAAAUAUGGCCCUCAAGAUUGUAUUUCGAGCGUCAAUGCCAUUGUUGAAAAGAUAGAUUACCUUGUGGACUCUCAUAAAGAAGAGGCUAUAAAUGAGCUGAAAGCUAUCUUUGGACUUGAAAAGCUCAAGGAUAUUAGAGAUUUUGCGAUGACUAUUGCGUUUCCAAUUGGAGGCCCAAUGAAUUACCCAAAAGAUACAUGGCAAGAACUCAACUGGUAUCCUGCUUAUAGCGCUCCGGACUUUUUCGACUUCUGUUCAAACGUUACGAACAUUAACGCACCUGCGAGUGUUACCGCAUUUGAUAAUGCUUUGGCAAAAUACACUCAUGGGAAACCUUGGGUCAACCUGGGAAACUACGCCGAUUUCUUCAAGAAAGCAUUCCUACCGUUGUGCCCAAGUGGUGACUACGAUAGCACAUCAUGCUUCGGGACUCAAAACGCUUCGUUCUGGGCGGAUGAAUCAAAUGGACCGGGCCGCUCGUACCUGUAUACAAGCAACAAUGGUGUACUUGGGCCUUCCCACGCGGAAAGUACAACACCAUCCCUCGAACUCCAGAUCUCGGAACAACCAACAAAUACGGCGGCUUCAAUAUCCAAGCUGAUAGACUUGCCAAUUGACCCGUGGCUUGGACUCUGCUACCACGCCCCUGGAACCCCAGUCAGAGAAUCAUCCGAUCUCAAUCCUGAGUAUUUGAUCGCCGGGGCAGGCCAUCAUUGGGACUCUUCUGGUAUUAAGAAUAUCCCUGCUGAGCCGCUAUUCAUUCAACAGGCGCAUCUGUGGGAGAUUAAGACGGUGCAAAAGUGGUUGAGGACGUUCAAGGAUUGGAAGCCUGGACAUGGUAAAUGA